UUUUACGUCACUUUUUAACAUGUUACCUGUAAUCUGAAUAACAACAGAUAAUGCAAUAUCUAAUUAAAUAACCAUGCUGUGUCAGUGAUGGGGUUUAGCGAAGCGAGGACUGAAUUCAUUACAAUAAAUAAAGACGUUUCCUGUUCACAUUUUGAACAAAUAUUAAGAGGACAUGUUGGAAACAAGUGCUCGAAAACCAGCUGUCUUAAAAAAUCAAAUCUGAAAUAUGACGUAAAUUAUUUUAAACUAAUGAGGCGGACGAACUUUCAAUGUGAGACACGAUGAAUAUGGACAUCUUAAAAACAGUUCGAUAUGUUUAUCUUUUUAUUUGUUUAAUGAACUUUGAACAAACAAUCACAUCUGAGGGCUAUCUGCGAGAAUUACACGAGACUUCAACAGUUCCUUCUGCCAGCACCACAUCAAUUACUUCAACUGGAGCAGAAUCUAAUGAAUUCAAUUGGACAAACGAUACUCCCGUCGCACCAGCUUCUUAUCUUCCACCCCACUGGGAGGAAUUUUGCAUUUUGCAGGAAAGGGGUACCAAUCAAACAGUGCAUCACUACACCUGUUUUAUCAACACGUCUUUCUCUGGGAAAUGGAAUUUUUCAGUACUAAGGCAGCAUAUUUUGACAAAGGAUAUUAAGUAUGGCUUUGAUGUACGUUGUCAAAAUGGUGCUACAAUAUCUCUUCCCUUGUCUGCGAAAGCAAGAAAUAUUAUCAAACUUUAUGUUCACGACUGUGUCGCGGUCGACUACUUUGCAGACUUUCAGAAUCCUGAUUUAGACAGUUAUCCAGACGAACUGGAGGAAUAUGCAAUAAUCAAUGUACAACGAUUACUUUCAAUAAAGCAAAUAGAGAGGAACCUUCAGAUAAAGUCUGAGACGCUGCCGAAAAACGUAAUUUGUGGUGACGAAGAAACAUUGAAAAUUAAGAUAGAAAGGAAUGAAACCUUCUCAUUUAUUCAAGAUGUACCAGAACUGGAUUUAACUCUCUUUAGCAGAAUCGCUACAGGAAACAUUAUAGACACAAGACUGUCUCCACACAAGUGUGUAUUCAAGAAACUGCAAGUACUCGAAAAUUCUGUAACAUCUUCAAAAGCUAGGUAUUAUGCUGCAAUGUUGACGGAACAGAAUCAGUUUCCAGAAUUGAAAGUUUUUAAUAUAUCUCAUUCUUUCAUUAAUUACAUACCAGAGCAAUUCAAAAACUGGUGGAUUUACUUCGAAAAAUUGGAGUACCUUGAUAUGUCCUACAACCUUAUUCAGGAUAUUCUGUUUCCAAUAAAUAAUGAUGGAAUAUGGGGACAACACAUACCUAACUUAAUAUUUGAUUUUACUUUUAACAAUAUCAGUCGGCUCACUGUCCGUAAUUUUGAAAGAAUCAUCCGCAACAAGAAGAUAUUUGUGAAGAUAACUAGCAACCCGUUCAACUGCACCUGCACAGAUGAAAUGAAAGAAGUUCUGAAAUACAUUCAAGACACAGACUGGAGUUCGGCAAAGUACAAAAGGUAUGCAUACUUUAGGGAUCUUAGGUGUGAAACUCCUGAAAAUGUUCGGGGUUGGCGUCUGGCGGAUCUAACACUUAGGGACAUUAACUGUAAAUUCGAGUUAAUGCCAGUCACUGUGGCUUUGAGUGUCCUGUCGUUUAUUCUCAUCAUUUGCAUUGUUGUUAUACUUAAGUAUCGAAGGGAAAUCCGAAUUUUGGUUUACACCAGGUUCAAUGUAGUGCUUCCGUGUCAGCCAGCUGAGAUAUACGAGCAUAAAGAAUUUGAUGCCUUUGUUUCCUAUAGUAACGAUGACCAAGAGUGGGUGUGCAGUAUUUUUGACGAAAACAAACACGACCGUCUUGUACAUUUGAAGUUUUGCAUGCACCACAAGGAUUUCAUUCCAGGAAAAACUAUUUUUGAAAACAUCGUUAAAUGUAUUGAGAAUAGUCGUCAUACUGUCAUUGUCCUCUCAGAAAAUUUUCUUAAAAGUCAUUUUUGCUUAUGGGAGUUUCAAGAAGCUUUUCAGCAAAGCAUUGUUGAAAGAAAACGACAUCUCAUCAUCAUCUUACUGGAAGACAUUCCAGAUAAGGAUCUCCCAAACGAUCUAAAGAGAUGCAUGAAAACAUUCACUUACAUAAGAAGGGAUGAUAAAAUCUUCUUUGACAGAUUGCUUUACUCAUUGUCGUACAAGGGGAAAGCAGUCCGAAAUCCAAAACUUGCUCAAAUUAAUCCAGGAUAUGAUGACAAAGGAAAUAAAGAAGAUGACAAAGUGAAUGAAGAAGAUGUGAUCAAAAUGAUGAAUGAAAGAAAUGUUAUUAUGAAUAACUUUCAUGAACGAAUAUAGAAUCAUGCAAAAUAUUCCAUAAACAAAAUACAUGUAGGAAAAAAUUGAAUGUUUAGCAUUUAGUAAAUAAUGACCUUGUUAGCAAUUAUAACUUAUCAUUGGGUCGUAUUUUGGCUGAUAUAGUUCAUACCGAUUGUUAGGGGCUUUGUUUUUAUACUAAAUUUGACCGCAGAUCAAUGCAUAGGGCUCAAGCAUGGUUUGUGUUACCGGUCGACAUGGGAUGCUUGCUCCUCAUGGGCGCCUGAUCCCAAUAGUUUUGUGCCUUAUUCACAGAUUUGUAUUUUUUUUUUUUUAGAUCGAUCGCUUUUCAUUAUCUUCAACUUUUUUUUUGUAUCCGACAUUUUUUUUUCCCCUCAGAAAUACAAUAUUUCGGUUGUACAUUAUGAAAUGUUGACAUGUUUAGGUUUGACGGGUUUCUCAUAUUUUUCUUCUUUAUUAGGUACAGGACUGUUUCUUUGGCUAAUAAUAGCUGUGAUCCGUCCAGAGUACAAGAAAAUAUGCAACCCAUGUUCUUUUUUGAUGUAUUCCUACGCAUUCUUACAUUGUAAUAGUGAACUCUUCUUUAAAAUUUGAUAAGGUUCGUUGUAAGAUAUGUUAUUAUGAAUGUGCAAUUCUUGAUAUCUAGUCAUGCAGGUCCCGGUGUGUAAUCAUAUGCAAUAUUUUUUUCAUGUACAAAAAGUAAGAUACCUUUCUUUUAGCUUGGUGUUUUCUUGCACAUGGCAUUAACGUAUGCGUGUAUGAUAACGACUGAUUAAACAUGUUCAGCAUUAUUAA